AUGGAGGUGUUUCCACCAGCCAUGGACAGCUGCAGCAGCAACGCUUCCACUAAACACUUUUUCCUGGUUGGAUUUCCAGGUCUUCAGGAUUUCCAGACAGCCCUUUUUGUUGUGUUCUUGUUACUCUAUCUGCUGAUCCUGGUUGGUAAUGUCAUUAUCAUCACUGUAGUUGUGGUUGACCGUAAGCUCCACAAACCCAUGUACUUUUUCCUGAUUAACCUCUCUGUGCUAGAUGUACUUUUUACAACCACCACCAUUCCCAAAAUGCUAGCCAUGUUCCUGGCCAAUGCUAAAACCAUCUCAUUUCGCGGCUGUUUUCUGCAGAUGUACAGUUUUCACGGGCUAACAGUAACCGAGGCGCUGCUUCUCGUUGUCAUGGCUUACGAUCGCUACGAAGCAAUCUGCAACCCCCUGCAUUACCCAGCCAAGAUGACAAGGAGAGUCAACGUCCAGCUGGCCGCGAGCGCUUGGGUGACGGCGCUGCUAAUACCCGUACCCGUCACGGUGCAAACCUCUCGGUUGUCUUACGGUGAAACAACCAGAGUUUAUCACUGCUUUUGUGACCACCUGGCAGUGGUGCAAGCGGCAUGCUCCAAUUUCAACGCCGACUUCCAGACCUUCUUGGGGUUCUCCAUCGCUAUGACUGUAUCGAUCGUUCCUCUCUUGCUCGUCACCCUCUCAUACACCUGCAUCAUUACCUCCGUACAGAAGAUCAAUUCCAAAGAAGGACGUGCUAAAGCUUUUUCAACUUGUACUUCCCACUUGAGUGUGGUUGGCACCUACUACUCCUCCAUUGCCGUGGCAUAUGUUUCCUACAGAGCAGACAUUCCUGUUGAUGUCCAUGUAAUGAGCAAUGUUGUCUUCUCUAUUCUAACUCCCUUGUUAAAUCCGAUCAUUUACACUUUGCGAAAUAAGGAAGUGAAAUCUGCAAUUAAAAAGCUUAUUCUUCUGAGAAUUUCUCCUCUUCCUAAAAAAAUUAACUUAUUUGGGUAA